ACCUAAUCUAAACUGAAAAAUACAGCUAUAUGCAUACUCGUACGUAGGAAUUACGUACGCGAGUAUAUUUGAAGAAAUAUUAUCUAAUUUCUGGUCUCUCACUCUCUCGAAAUACAUGGUUAUCAUAAUAUAAUCAGCAUUGGAAUUUUCACGUAUCUUUCGUGACAAUUGUCACACAGCAGGUGAAAACAAGUGACGAUGGCAGCGUUAUUUCGCAUGAAUUGCGUGCAAAGUUUGCGCAGAGGGUUAGCUCUGAUGACACCCAAGGAGACGACGAUAUAUCGCAGGAUAGCGACAACACCGAGAUAUUACGAUAAUGGAGAUAACGCGGAGAAAACGCUUGUCAAGAAAAAGUGGGUGAGUUAUGGCUUCAGCGAGACAGACGAGGCAGAAGAUCGUCAUACCAUGCAUGCGACUAUGUUCGUCGUUAUAACUAUAGUCUUUGUGCUUGGAUUCACUGUCAUGGCUUAUCUACCCGAUGUCAGAGGCAAGGACUGGGCGCAACGAGAAGCAUAUCUGCAACUUCGUUAUAGAGAGGAACAUGGUCUUCCUCUCAUCGAUCCUAAUGUAAUCGAUCCGUCUAAAAUAACACUGCCAAGCGAUGAAGAAUUAGGUGAUACCGAGAUUAUUAUUUAAAAAGUGUGUUGACGAUGCUAAGAAUUUUGUUUGAAAUUCAAGUGUCGUUGCUCUGCCUAUCUGUGUAUCAAUUUAGUACUUGUUAUAAUGUUAAUUGAGGAUUAUGUAUUUAUAAUAAAUAUUGCUUUUACGAAUCAAAAUUUCUUUAAAAAUUAAAAAACGAACCUAUAAUUGUACAAUCUCUAUCUGUUGCAGUCCUCAAUUAAAAUAAAAUGUUUGAAUAAGUCUAUAUCUAUACUGUCAUAUUUUCUAUAUCUAUUGUUGAUAAUUAUAUAUCUAUAUAAUUAAAAAUAUGAUAUGUGGAAAGUUGAACAGUAUACACAUGUAAUACUUGUAGAAUAAAUAUCAGAAGAAUUUUGUGCUGCAAUAUAUAAU